GGUUACCGAGGCGACGAGGCUUUAGUUAAGAUGCCUCUGUCUGACCCGAGACCGGGAAAUCUCCAUAAAGGGUUGGCACCUACGCGGGUGCUCGUCUACUCUCGGCGCGGUUCUCAGUGAUUCUGCAUCAACUUUGCAGAAAUUUCUGAAAAAGAAAUUGCCAGUUUCUACCAUUGUAUCUUCCAAAGAAAACUCAUUUUGCGGAGAAGAAGUAGACCAGUAAGAUCAAGAUGCCAGUAUAUAUCCGGAAAGGACCCCUGGAGAUUCCUACUUAUGAAGAACAGGAUUGGGUUAAGGAUGAAGAAGUAGAUUUUUUCCUAAAGGAUCCAGAUCAAAUCCUUGAUUCUCUGCCUCAGCCUUUCAGAAUGAUCAAUAAAUUAGUGAACCUAUUGUUUGACCGGGCAUGGGAAAUCAUUGCGGAGAGAGAAAGAACAAAAGCAAUUACAAUACUUAAGAUUAAGCCCAUGGUCUAUUUACCAUCUCAGAAAUUCCAGCUUUCCAGUGUGCCAAACUGCCUUGCCAUCUGUAAAGGCUAUGUGUUUGUUGGGUCAUCCAAUGGAAUAAGAGUCUUCAAUACAGUUUUCAAUUAUUCACGGGUUUGCAGUUGGGAUUCAGGACAAGUUGAGGUCAUGAACAUCUGGGCUAAAGAGAUUGGGAAUGAAAUACUUAUUGCUACUUUGGAUGAAAUGGGUAUUGUUCGUCUCUUUUAUUUUUACAAAGACUCUCUUUUCCUAAUCAAAGCCAUCAAUGAAGUGGAAGAUAUUAGCAAACAGACUACAUGUUUGAAUUUGCAAAUUUCUCCUGCAGGGAAUUUUCUGGCCAUACUACUCCAAGGAGCUGGAGAUGUUUGGCUAGAUGUGUAUCGAUUGAACAAGGAAUCUUGGCCUAAGGAAAUGGAGCAACCCCAUUCAUCUUUUCUAUCACGGAAGAAAGUUAGCCAUUUGCAUCUAAAAUCCAAUGAAUCAUCAGAUCUUUCAGAUGUGGAAAAUUCUCCUCCGAAAACAGAUGUUAAAUUAUCUGCUCCAGUUCCAGUAAUGAAACUUAGACCACCCAAACCAGUUACAGGCACUCCAUUUAAAAACCCACUAGAAGUCUUUCAAAAGUUAGAAGAUGUUUCUGGGUUGGGCUCCGGGCAAAACCAUAUGAUCAAAGAAAGCCAAUUGGACCAACAGGCAUCAAUCUUUGACGUUUUAUUUAGAAAGUAUCAGAAUGUGGAAUGUCCAGAGGAAAAUUCAAGUGUUGCAGAGUUCCAUUUUCUUUUCCCUGGACAUAUAGUUAUGUUACCACCUGAACCCAUUGUUGUCUCAGCCUCACCAUCCGGACUGAAUAUUGUUCAACCCAGUCAGCUGGCUCUAAAGUCAUAUACUAAAGGUGUGGUCUGUGCUCUGGGUAUAUAUUGGCCUGGAAAUAAUAAUUUCUUCCUCUAUUCACUUAACCGACCUCUAAGAGACAAAGAGAGAGAGAGAGAGAAAGAAAGAGAGAGAGAGAGAGAUAAAGACAAAGAAAAAAUUGAGUCUGAUCCCAAACCUGAUGGAGUGUGGCCAACUGCAGCACCAAUUACCAACUCAGCCAUCAGUACCUGCACAUCUUACCUACUGCUAGCUUGUGAUGAUGGAGUAAUAACAUUGUGGGAUAGAGCCCAAGGAUUCCUACUUGCUGUGGUUUCCCUCCCAGAGGGGUGUAUAUGCAAAAGUCUUCACUUCAUGAAAAUUUCUGAAACCUUCAAAGAAUGCUCAUUUCCACAGACUACAGCUAACUCCAAAUUUCAGUUUCUGGUGCUGUGCACUGAUGGAUCUCUUCACCUGGGGGAAGUUGAAAGAUGCAAGGAACCUCGUAUCAGUGUGAUUGUGGAGAGAUCUGUGAAGCAUCCAAAUGAAACUAUUUGUGCUGUGGCUCCCAUCUCAUUUCUACCUUGUUUGGUACUGCUCUUUAUUUGGGACGGAUCAGUGUAUCUUAUGGAUGUGGAGAAGGAACAGAUCGUCUGUGAAUUGGGUCCCGCUCCCUCUUACCGUUUGGGAAAUCCCUGGCAGCCUGUGUUUGCACUGUAUUCAGAGGGCCAGCGUGUGUUCAUCCGAGGAGACAAAAAAGAUGCUCCUAAAUAUCAGAAGGAUAACCACUGCAUUUUCAUUUUUAAACUGGAUUCCUACCACCUAAUAAAGACUUCUUAUUCAAGGAAGAUUUCCUUCUCUGAAAGUGAAUCUUCUCAACCUUCAUCAGAAACUAGCGACUCUACCCAGCAAUUGCUCUUGAAUAAGAGAUGUGAAAAUUUCCUCCAAAACCGACUAAAGAAUUCUGGCAGUUUCAUAGACUAUGGGCCAGAUUACUUGCUUCAACUACGGAAAAGUUCCUGGCUUCUGGAGAGAGAUAGCCACAAAAAGUGACAGUCAUCUGCUUCUCAAGAUCCCAUGAGAAAGGUACUACAGCUCCACAGUUCCCAGAUGUCACCUAGACUGAGAUUGAUUGGUUUUAUAGUCGAGACUUUUCAUUUUUUUGUUUUUAUAUUUGUAAACACCUACUCACAAACAGUUGAUGACUUCAGAGUUAUUCAUUGCAGAAGGAAUGUGAUAUCAAAGGCUAAUACUUUAUUUAGUAUGGUACCCUGGAGAUGAGAAACAUUUUCCUAAAAAAUUUGCCUUAGGAUAUCAGACUGAUACAACUAAAGGCAACUAGAGUGAAAAGACUAUUUAUAGGGACUCCAGCUACUAUUGGUCUUUCCUCUCACAAUUGUAUAGCUUGAAUAGAAAACCAACUGAGUCAUCCAAAUAAAGAGCAAUUUAUUUUCUAGUCA